AUGAUAUUCCGAUAUCAGGGAGGGUGUAGGGCUCUUCGCUCCCCAGGGCCAGGCGCUGCUCAGAACGAGCCAAGAAUUGUCACCAGUGAAGAGGUCAUUAUUCGAGAAACCCUCCUUCCUGUUACCCUGCAGUGUAACCUCACCUCCAGCUCUCACACCCUUAUGCACAGCUACCGGACAAAGAAUGGAGUAGAACUCACUACCACACGUAAGAAUGCCAGCAACAUGGAACACAGGAUCAAUAAGCCAAGAGCUGAGGAUUCAGGCGAAUACCACUGUAUGUAUCAUUUUGUCCGCGCUCCUAAAGCCAAUGCCACCAUUGAAGUGAAAGCUGCUCCUGACAUCACUGGCCAUAAACGGAGUGAAAAUAAAAAUGAAGGGCAGGAUGCCAUGAUGUACUGCAAGUCAGUUGGCUACCCCCACCCAGAAUGGAUAUGGCGCAAGAAGGAGAAUUGUGUGUUCCUGGACAUUUACAAUAGCUCUGGUAGCUUUUUCAUCAUCAACAAGGAGAAUUACACUGAACUGAAUAUUAUGACUCUCCAGAUCACAGAAGAUCCCGGCAAGUAUGAAUGUAAUGCCAUCAACUCCAUUGGCUGUGUCUCAGUUCUCACCGUCCUCAGGGUACGGAGCCACCUUGCCCCACUUUGGCCUUUCUUGGGAAUUCUGGCUGAAAUCAUCAUCCUUGUGGUGAUCAUUGUUGUGUAUGAGAAGAGGAAGAGGCCAGAUGAGGCUCCUGAUGAUGAUGAACCAGCCGGGCCAAUGAAAACCAACUCUACCAACAAUCACAAAGAUAAAAACUUGCGCCAGAGACACAAAUUAAGCACUACUUACAAUCUCUUUAGGUUUCUGAAAACGGUGGCAACAUGACCUGCUAAAUUUUCUGCUUGGAUCUCUUUGGUCUCUCCCUUUCAAGUGAGCAACACCACAAUGACCGUCUAAAAGCAUGCCUUAUUUAGCCUCUUCUAAUAAGGGUGACC